UGCCACCGUAGUGGAUCAAUUUCAAUUUGAAGCUCGAGCUCCUCUCCUCGCUUUUACCGUAGAGCACACUGGAUUGAACCAUUAGUGAACGGACAACCGGACUAUUGGGCUCUGGGAAAAGGGUCGGGAAAAGCAGAAUUCGCUAUUUUCUUCUCAUUUGAAGGCGACAUUUCUCAGUAAGGACCCGUUGACAGCAGAGCCAGGAUGGAUGCUAACGGCAUAUUCUCACUUCUGUUGCUGUGUUCUGUCACUGAGCUGUGUGUGUUGGCGAGCCCUGAGGGGAAUGACUCCCAGCAGCACCAUACCCAGAACGUCUACCACGACAUCGGUGUCACCAGGAACACCAUAGUCACUGCUCAGUUUGAGUGCUAUCAGAAGAUCAUGAAAAACGACAAACACAACAAAAUAGGGCCAGUUUGUAACAGGACGUGGGAUGGCUGGCUGUGCUGGGAGGACACAGAGGCAGGCUUCACUACAAACCAACACUGUCCAGACUACUUCCAAGACUUUGACACAGCAGAAAUGGCAUCCAAAGUGUGCAGUGAAACGGGUAAUUGGUUUCUACACCCGGAGAGCAACAGGACAUGGACAAACUACACCAAAUGUACGGCAUACACCAGUGCAGGAAGAGUGACAGCGAUGAAUCUCUACUACCUGGUUCUGAUUGGACAUGGACUGUCGCUGACGUCAUUGUUCUUCUCAUUGGGAAUAUUUUUCCAUUUCAAGAGUCUAAGCUGCCAGAGGAUAACGCUCCACAAAAACCUAUUUUUUUCAUUUGUGUUGAACUCAGUCAUCACCAUCAUCUGGUUGACAGCGGUGGCUAACAACCAGGGACUAGUGCAGAGCAACCCUGUGAGCUGUAAGGUGAUCAUGUUUAUUCACCUGUACCUGUUUGGCUGUAACUACUUCUGGAUGCUGUGUGAGGGCAUCUACCUGCACACACUCAUCGUCGUGGCUGUGUUCGCCGAGAAACAACACCUCAUGUGGUACUACCUGCUUGGAUGGGGAUUUCCACUCAUACCUGCAUUGAUACAUGCAAUAGCACGAAGCUACUACUACAAUGAUAAUUGUUGGAUCAGCUCCAACACUUCCCUCCUCUACAUUAUCCAUGGUCCCAUCUGUGCUGCCCUGCUGGUGAAUCUGUUCUUCCUGUUAAACAUUGUGCGUGUCCUCAUCACCAAACUGAAGGUGACCCAUCAAGCUGAAUCUAGCCUCUACAUGAAGGCUGUGAGAGCCACCCUGAUCCUAGUCCCUCUCCUGGGCAUCCAGUUUGUCUUGUUCCCCUACAAACCCCAGGGACGCUUCGCCUUGGAGAUCUACGACUAUAUUAUGAACAUCCUCAUGCACUACCAGGGUCUCCUGGUUGCCACCAUCUUCUGCUUCUUCAAUGGGGAGGUCCAAGGUGUUUUGCGAAGGCACUGGAACCAGCAGAGGAUCCAGUUUGGCAGUAACUUUGCCCACGCAGAUGUCUUCCGCUCAGCCUCAUACGUGGCGUCAUCCCUGACGGAGGUGCAUCGCUGCUACAGCAUCGACGGGCACACCGAACACAUGAACGGCAAGAACAGCUACCACGACGUCGAGACGGUGACACCCACCAUACUCCGGUCGGACAACCCGUUUGCCUGAGGCUGAAGGUCGGAAGUCGCGGAUCUUGGGUCUGUACAGUUACACAGUGGCAGUUUUUGGAACUCUUUUCCCACCAUAUUCUAGAACAUUUUCUCAAACUUCUUGGCAGUAGCCUUCACAGCAAUUGGAUGAUGGUGAAAAAGUACAUGAACGUUUAUAGGGAGCACUACUCAGCCUCUUGAUCUGGUCAAUACAGUUACCUUCAACUGAUCCACUUUAACUUCACGAGGACGGAAUAGGCACUUAACUAGAGACACCUGUGUAAAGGCAUGGACACUACCUACACUACCGUAAGGGUUUUAGUGUAAGGAAUGGACACUACCUACACUACCUUAAGGGUUUUAGUGUAAGGAAUGGACACUACCUACACUACCUUAAGGGUUUUAGUGUAAGGCAUGGACACUACCUACACUACCGUAAGGGUUUUAGUGUAAGGAAUGGACACUACCUACACUACCUUUAGG